AUGGACGCUUGCAAGAAAUAUCGGUCUAUUAAACGACGGUUAUUUACCAGAACAUUGACCAGUUUCAAUGACAUUUGUAAGAAGCCAAAUUCGACUGAUCAAGAGAAAAAGAUCGCCAUGCAUCUACUGGAAGCGCGGAUGACGGAAUUGGAAGAAGUGAGCUCAAAGUAUAUUACAAUGCUGUUCGAAACAGAUAGUUCCGAAGAAGAGAUCGAACAUGAAAUUGAAUCGAACGAUGAUUAUCAACUUCAAUUUCUUAAAGUGAAGUUCGCUUAUAAAGAGUUAACAUUGGAACAUUCUAGUAUUACUACCGAACAAGUAGGCGAGCGUAACUUGACCGUUCCGCGUGUACAGAAACCAUUUAAGAAACCGAUUCUAGAAAUACGAAAAUUUAGUGGCAACGUGGGAGAUUGGCUCCAGUUCUGGUCUCAUUUUCGUAAGGUUCACGAAGAUGAUUCAAUCUCUAAAGAAGACAAGUUGGAGUAUUUAAAACAAUCUGUGGAGAAAGAGUCAAAAGCGGAUAAUGUCGUCUCCGGAUAUCCCACUAGUGCAGAAAACUACUCGAAAGCAUUCGAGAGUCUCAAAAAUCGUUUCGGUCGUGACGAUCUAUUGGUGGAGUUUUAUACUCGUGAGUUAUUAAAUUUGGUUCUACAAAAUGCGUCGUCUCAUAAAGUGAAAGUGUCCGUGGCAAAGAUCUAUGAUAAGAUAUCAGCACACAUACGUGCUCUAGAGUCAUUGGGUGUAACCACAGACAAGUGCGCGACAAUGUUGUACCCCUUGGUUGAGUCGUCCCUUCCCGAGGAGAUUUUGAGGACUUGGCAACGUUCAAUUUCACUAAGUGCCAAUACGCAGACUCAAGAUUCACAAACUAAUAAUCGUUUGUCGAAAUUACUCGAGUUCUUACGAAGCGAAGUGGAAAACGAGGAGAGAAUUCAUAUGGCUGUCAAUGGUUUUGGAGUUUUUGGAGAGGGGGUUAAGAAGGAGAAAACCAAGGCAACUAAGGAGUCAGCAUGGUCAUCGAGGGAGCACCCCACCGCCAGUGUUCUUCUCACUAGUGAUAAGCCGAAAAAGUGUGUGUGUAUCUUUUGUAACGGUGAGCAUGAUAGUGCAGUGUGUGAGAAGGCGAAAAGGAUGUCUUAUGAAGAUCGUAGGAAUAUAAUUGGUAAGAAUAAAUGUUGUUUCAAAUGUAUUAAGCGCGGACAUUGCGCGAAAGAUUGUCGAGUUAGAAUCAUAUGCUCAGAGUGUAAUGGUCGUCACUCUGUUCUUUUAUGUCCAUCUAUGAGUAAUAGUAAUAGUGUUGCAAAAAUGGAUCAAGGAAAAACGACUUCUGGUAGUAUUCAAAUUAAAGAACAAAAUUUAGCUAGUUUUUGUAAUUUGCCUGAAGUUUACUUGCAGACACUACGGGUAAUUUUAUUUUCAGAUUCGAGUGAAAUGAGCGUUCGUGCAGUCGUUGAUACAGGAUCGCAAAGAUCUUACAUUACAUCUCGGGUCGCUGAGUCUUUGGGAUACAAAUCAGUAGGUAGUAAAGAGAUAGUUCAUUCUUUGUUCGGCGGGGAAAGAACGAAAAGCGAAGUACAUAAUAUUUAUUUGGCUAGAGUAAAGAAUUGUACGGGGACUUACGCGUGUAACUUUCAGGUAAUGAACCAAGAUGUUAUUUGCAAUAAUAUUCCUUGUGUAAAACAAGCUAAUUGGAUGUUUGAAUUAGAGAAAAGGAAUAUUCAACUUUGCGAUUAUAAUCCCAAUUCACAAAAAGGUGAAGACUCGAUAGACAUGCUCAUAGGCGCGGACGUUAUAGGGAAACUAAUGACGGGAAAUAAAUUUGAUUGUUCGAACGGUUUAACUGCUUUUGAGACAAAUUUAGGUUGGACAAUAAUGGGAAGAGUACCUGAUAAUAAUAAUAGAGAAGAUUUUACAAUGACAGCUCUUUCCAUGUUUGUACAAGAAGCAAAAGUAUCGGAUCUCUGGAGUUUAGAUACUAUAGGAAUAAAAGACCCCAUUGAAAAGUUAAACCGGAUAGAAAAGGAUAAGCAAGUUAAGGAGAAUUUUUUAAAUACCGUCAAGCUAAAAGAAAAUGAUCGUUAUGUUGUGUGUUUACCCUGGAUUGAUGACCAUGCGUCAGUGGCUUCGAAUUUUAACAUUGCAAAAAUAAGAUUAGAAAAUUUAAAAAAGAAGUUAAUAUCUGAAGAUCUUUUUGAAAAAUAUAGUAAUGUAAUUUACGAGUGGUUAGAUGAAGGUAUUGUGGAAUUAGUCCCGGAAAAUGAAAUAGAAAAAGAAGCGCAUUAUUUACCUCAUCGCCACGUAGUAAAACUAGAGAGUAAUACGGUUAUACGCCCUGUUUUCGACGCAUCUUCGAGUGAAAAGGGAUAUCCCGCUUUAAAUCAAUGCCUUGAAAAAGGACCCAAUUUAAUAGAAUUAAUUCCUACCUCUUUACUUCGUCUUAGAAAAAAUGAAAUAGCAGUUGUUGCGGAUAUUCGUAAAGCUUUUUUACAGAUAGAAGUUAACGAAGAAGACCGUGAUUUUUUACGAUUUUUAUGGUUUAAAGACGGAGAAAUGCGUAUUUUUCGUCAUCGGAGAGUAGUUUUCGGUCUAACUUGCAGCCCUUUUUUAUUAGGAGCAGUACUAGAAUUACACUUGUGCAAUAUGUUAAGAGCCGUAAGAGAAAAGUUUUUCGAGAACGAUUGGUCGGAAGAAACGAUUUUAAAAUUAAAUGACGCCUUUUACGUUGACAAUUGCACAACAAGUGUAAAUUCUAUUGAAGAAUUAAAAGUUUUUAUAAAAGAUUCUAAAGAAAUUCUAAGUAAGGGAGGUUUUGACUUAAGAAAUUGGGAGUAUACGAACGACAAUGCGAAAAAAGAUUCUACUCUGGUCUUGGGUAUUCUAUAUAACAAAAAACGCGAUACGAUAUUAAUAAAUCCGACUGUCCUAAAUAUUGAUCUAGAAAAAGUCGUAACAAAAAGGACAAUUCUUUCCGCGGCGAACAAAGUAUUUGACCCCAUGGGUUUUGUUUCUCCUGUUACUUUGAUCCCAAAGUUAAUAUUAAAAAGAUUAUGGAGAUUAAAAAAUGAGUGGGAUGUACCCGUGGAUGAGGAGACUCGAGAUGAAUUUAUUAAAUGGUCAAAUUUGUUAUAUUAUUUGAAUCGUAUAGAAAUUCCAAGAAAGUUUGGUAACGGAAAUUGGUCGAUACAUAUGUUCUGUGAUGCGAGUAAACUGGCAUAUGCGGUGGUUGUUUUUUUACGGAUCGAACGAACAGAAGGUGUUGAACUUAGAUUCGUAAGUUCAAAAACAAGAGUAGCGCCGGAAAAAACCACAAUACCGCGAUUAGAACUUUUGGCUGCUACUAUCGGAAGUCGUUUAACGAAUGAAGUAGUUAGGGCAUUGAAUUGUGAGAAUGUUCCCAUAAUAUAUUGGUCAGAUGCUACGACUGUAUUGGCUUGGAUUAAACGAGAUAUGCAGUGGAACACUUUUGUAAACAAUCGAGUGCGUGAAAUUCGUGAGUUAACUAAAUUAGGAACAUGGAGACAUGUGCCGGGAGAAAAGAACCCCGCAGACCUUCCAUCACGUGGUUGCGAUGCAAAACAACUUUUUGAUUCUCGGUGGUGGGAGGGGCCUGCGUGGCUUCGCGAUAACGAAAAAAAUUGGCCACAAGAUAAAUUUACAAUAGAUGAAAGCGAAGUAAAAACGGAAUUAAAAAAGACGGCACAGGUCUCAAUGGUCACUUUAAACGAAAAAGAAAAUAUAGAUAUAGUGGGAAAAUUCUCGUCAUAUAAUAAACUAAUAAGAUUUUUUGCGAUAAUGUUGCGAUUUAAGAAUUUUAAACUUGGGAUUGGAAGCGAAAAGGAUGGUAAACACGAGGCAGUAAAGCUUAUAAUUAGAGAAACUCAUGAAAGUAUGUGUCACGCAGGAGUACAGAGUGUUAUGUGUCAGCUGAGAGAACGGUUUUGGAUUUUGUCAAUGAGAAGAACAGUGAAAGCUGUGAUUUCGAAGUGUAUUACAUGUAAAAGAUUUAACGCAAAAAAUGUUGAAACGAUACCGGCUUCCUUGCCGAUUCAUCGAGUGAGAGAUGCCAAUGUAUUCGAGAUUACAGGAGUAGAUUUCGCGGGUCCUGUGUAUUUGCGUGGUAAUCAGAAAGGAUGGAUUUGUUUAUUUACAUGCGCCGUAUAUCGUGCAAUUCAUUUGGAACUGGUUACUUCACUGUCAACUCAAGCAUUUUUAUGUUGUUUUCGUCGUUUUAUUAGUCGUCGAGGAAGGCCAACUAUUAUGUACAGUGACAACGGGCUGAAUUUCGUCGGUGCGAAUAACAUCUUGAAAACAAUAAAUUGGGAUUAUAUUAAUAAAUAUUCUUCUGCGAAACAAAUUCAGUGGCGAUUUAACCCACCAUCGGCCCCUUGGUGGGGAGGAUGGUGGGAGCGGUUGAUUGGCAUGCUCAAGAAUUUGUUGCGUAGAGUGUUAGGAAAAUCCUGUCUUACCUUUGAGGAAUUAUUAACGGUAUUGUGUGACUGUGAAUCAGUGUUAAAUGCGCGACCUUUAACUUAUAUGUCAGAAUCAGCUGAUGAUUUAAAAGUAUUAACGCCAGCAAUGUUCCUUCACGAAAUAAAAGAAACAUGUACACCGGAUAUCGACAUAGCAAGUCAAGUAGAUUUGACGAGUAAAUAUAAGCGAAAACAGGAAAUUGUAGAACAUUUGAGAAAACGUUUUCGAAAUGAAUAUUUGGGACAAUUAACGGCGAGAAGUAAAUCAAAGAAAUGUAGUACUGUGCAAAUAGGAGAUAUUGUAAUUAUUGGCGAUGACAAUCAUAAGCGUAUAGACUGGCCGUUGGGAAAGAUUGAAAAAAUGUUUGUUGGUAGAGAUGGAAACGUAAGAGUUGUGAUGUUGAAAACAAAAGAGGGAAGAUUAAAGAGACCGGUUCAACGAAUCUAUCCCCUUGAAAUUUCUCAAAAAAAGGUGGUGCCCUCUAUUUUGGGUUACUCGCGGGAAAAACUUUGGGAGAAAAUUGCGGGAAAGAGGUGA